GCGCCAGCUAACCUGCGCCGUGGUGGUGGUGGUGGUGGAGGAUGUGGGUGCGGUAGUGCGGCCCGGCGCCGGCAGGGGCCGUUGGGACCGGGAGGGCAGAGCCGGCGAGAGCGCGCAGCCACCAGUAGCAGUGCAGGCGCGUCCCCAGACACAAACACACUCCGUCCGCUCGCCAUGGCCGCCGUUGGACCCCGAGUCGCCUUCGCUGCCUUUGCGCUCGUCGCGCUCUUCGUGGCACACGCAGACACGCUGCGGUGCUACACGUGCUCGACGGUGGCGAACAAGAACUGCGGCGACCCGUUCAACAAGUCGUACGUGCCGAUGACCGACUGCCAGAGCGUCGGCGUCACAGGGACUCAGCCCAAGGAGAUCCCCGUCUGCAAGAAGGUCAAGCAGAGAGUGAACAACGGCGACCUUCAGACGGUGCGCUCCUGCGCGUGGGUGAAGCCCGAGGAUCCAUGCCCGCCUUCGCCGUCCGGCGCCUACAUCCGCGAGGAGGAGUGCUCCACCUGCACGGCCGACCUCUGCAACGGCGCCGGCGUCGCGACGCCCCUCGUGCUGCCGCUGCUCGGCGUCGCCGCAGUCGCCGCCUACUCGGCGCUGUGAUCGCCCACCCCAUCUCUCUGGGCGUGGGGUUGCUGGGCUGGUUGGACUCGACUCCUUAUAGUUAACCACCGCUUCAGUGCUCGAAACCUUGUGCACACCGACCUCCUUCCCACGAUGUUCAAGCCCUCCCACCAGCAUUCCACUGUCGGCGGUACCCAAUACUGUAUCCCCGUGGGACUCCUGUCCCCACACUGUCACUCUCUCGAGCUUCGACUUUGGAGUUUCACAGUACAAGAAAGCUGCUAAGAUCAGAAUAUUUUAUGUCGGUAUACUUCCUUGCAUAAAAUAAACAUAUAACGAUACUUAACUUCUCAGCAUCACUCCUGUGCCAAUUUGGAGCACAACAUGGCACUGCGAUCGCCAUCGGCAAUUUUAAAACUCCUGUGUGUAAUGGAGGAGCUCCUCACACCUACAAAAUUUUGUUAGGUCACAUCACUCCGAGAAACUCUGGGAGAAAAUUCGAUGGCUAUUCGUAACAUAAGGAACUAUCGGUCGCGAAAUGCAAACCACAGUGAAAAUCAAAACUGUUUUCUUUGCACCAGUUAGCUACGCCUUCCAUCUGCUUCUCUACAUAGUCGCCGGUACGACUUAGACAUUUGUCGUAGCGCUAAACCAACUUCAAAUUGCCCUCGCCAUAGAAAGGAGACCCCUGUGCUUUUUUUUUUUAUAAUUUUCUACUUUUAACUGCAGCUCGUUGUCUGUGCCACAAUUGUGUCUCCAUAGCCAGCGGUUCAUUUGAGCAGAGAUAAAAAUCAGAGGAGGAGGAGGAGGAGAUUAGUGUUUAAUGUACCGUCGACAUUGAGGUCAUUAUAAAAAUCAGAGGGUACCAAGACCAGGCUGUGCAGUGGGUGAUCAAAGACUUCACAUCAAAAACACUUCAGGAGCAUCCUCACUGCCCCUGCAGUAUGCGGCCGGAAACUGACAUAAAGAAGGAAAUGCGUUACAUGUAUGUUAUGUGGGGUUGCAUGAGUUCAGGCGAUAUCUCUCGGCAGGCACCCGUAGCUGGCGGGAGACACUAUUUUUUAGUCAUCUUUACGAGCUCACAGUGCGAUCAGAACUGAAAAGAGCGAUGUGACACUGUCUACAGGCAUACUAAAGGCACUGCCCAACACAUCUGCAAAAGCGUUAUUGUAUUUUCGGAUUUUCACUGUGGUUUCCAUUUUGCGACCGAUCGUUCCUUACUUACUGAAUAGCCUUCGUAAUUUGUAAGCAGUGCGACGUCUGUAAGGGGAUACAAAAGUGAAUAGCGGAAUGACGAGAAGUUCGGAACAAGCAAUUAUUGUACUAUUACUUAAGACAUAUAAACUUAUAUGAAAGUACAAUACUCAUGAAAAAGUAUGAAAAUCGUAUUUCUGGCGGUAUUGUCCCAGUCAUUUACCUACUUAUUAUAGUUCCAAAUGGUGAACAAUUAGGGAUAAUUUUUUAGGUCGCACUCACUCGACAUUUUCCGACUGUAUGUAAGAGUACAGAAGUCAUUUUUCCCGUUAUCGCACCCAAAGCACUGAAGCGCACACUUUUCUUUGUUUUAAGCACGAGGUUUCUUAGUGUCUAACACUUACAUACAGAAAAUCAUUGGACAUAGAGUAUAAAGUUUAAGUAUUCUGAAAUAUUUUAUUGUGAUAUUUCAACAAAUACAAAUAUUUCUGUAUUAUGUAUCUUUAAAGAUGUAUCUAGAGUGUACAAAAGGCUUAAACUUUAAAAUACUAUGUAACUGUAAUUAUUUUUUGUAAUUAGAUUAUUUACUAAUUCAUGUAACAAAUUAAUAAACUGUACGUGUUGUGAACAAAACACUGAA